CGGGUUGAAUUGCACGUGCACUUGUUUGUGUACGUGCAAAAGCAGGCUCCCAGCAGAGAGGGCGGGAUUGCAGCCAGAGUCUCUCUCUUUUCGUUGACUCUUGGGUGGAUACACUGGACAGAGUAAAGGAGCUGUGCCGAAAGUCAACCAGCCCCACCACAACUUUUGCCACAAGUAUAUUGGGGUAAAGCAAGAAGAGAGAAUGUUACUGUUGGAUUGCAACACAGAGGCUGAUAGCCAGAGCCACCUUCUGGAAGCAGGGACCGAAGUGAAUGUAGCUGCUGAUGCCCUUUGUCAGUCCCCAGCUCAUCUGGCUGCUCAUGGAGGACAUGCUUUCUUUCUACUUUGGCAACAGCAGACAGGAGCCAAUUUGAACCAACAGGACUGGCUUGGAGAAGCUCCAAUUCACAAAGCAGCUAAAGUUGGGAGUUUGGAGUGUCUGACCUUACUUGUGGCCAGUCAUGUCAGCAUUGACUUAUGCAAUACGAAUGGUGAAACAGCAGAAGACCUUGCAUGGGCUUUGGGAUUUUUGGACUGUGCCCAGUUCCUCAGGACAGUGAAACACAUUCAAAGCAGGAAAGCAGUAACACAGUUUAGUUACACCUUGCAUGAUGACUGCUUGCUUAGAGACACUGCGACAAGACAGAAGCGAACAUGUGAAAGCAAGAGACCCAUAAGCGAGAAGAGAAUGCGAUCAUAUGAUAUGAAGCCUUUGACGUCAUCUGAAAAACCGUUAUCACAAGAAGAAAUGUGAACAAUCAGAACUCUACAGAGAAAUAUGGAUUUGUAUCUCAAACCCAAAUAAUUUGAACAGUGCCUUCUGAGAAGGAGAAUGGGUUGCUUCUUGAAGAAGAUGUUUCAAAAUAAUUCCUGUAUUUAUCACACACGUGUGUGCGUUUGUGUAUAAACAGUGCUCUCUUUUCUCUCAUCUAUUCUCCAAGUCACCAUGUAACACUUUUGUGACGGCUAUUUUGUUUCUCCCACGUUUCUCCCACAAGACCAAAUGCCCCCUCUCCCUCUCUCUCCCUCCCUCUCCCUCCCUCUCCCUCUCUCUCCCCCUCCCUCCCUCCCUCCCUCCCUCUCUCUCCCCCUCCCUCUCUCUCCCUCCCCCUCCCUCCCCCUCUCCCCAUCCCUCCCCCUCUCCCUCCCUCUCCCCCUCCCUCCCUCCCCCUCUCUCUCCCCCCCCUCUCUCUCUCUCCCCCUCUCCCUCUCCCCCUCUCUCCCCCCCUCUCCCCCUCCCUCUCUCCCUCUCUGUGUCUGUGUGGGUAGAGGGACAGGGAUACUACAUUAAGAAUUAGCAUUGCUACCAGGUCCUACAUCCACUUUACAUCAAUACAGCAGUGAAACAUACAAAUACUUUUAGCCAGUGGUCAGAUGGAGCAUUAAAAUGUACAUGAUCUUGUUGAUCAACAUAUACUUUGAACUUGCACAUCUGUCUUCAAGGCUCACAGACUUCACUGUAACUUUGAUGUAGUAUCUCACAUUGUCAUGUCAUACCCCAAUUAAUAUUCAAUUGCUACAAGUAAGGCUGUAAUCCUUACUGACUUACCUGAGACCAAGUUUAAAUAGUUUAUUUUAAAUAGACAUGUAUAGAAUUGCACUGUUAGGAUCAGAUUAUAAAAGCAGAAAAACUUUUAGAAAAUGACGGUGUUUAAUAAUCAAGUUUUAUUUGAAAAAAAUCACCUCACAUUUAAUUUGGACACCAAAAUAUUGGAUUAGCGUUUCUAUUUUAACAGUUGUGAG